GUCAACCCAUAUGAUGACCCGAAGUACUUCAGCCCACUAACCGUCAGAGGCAAGGAUGGAGAUAUGCGGCCGAUUUUCAAGUUCUACCCGCACCCGCCAACAGUCGAAGAACAGUGGGCAGAAUACAAGUACGGUCUCCACGGCCAGCAGCCAGUUGAAUUGCUAGAGAAGAUGUACCGGGCCAAGUGGCGAAACGGCACAUAUGGGCGUUCGUGGUUCACCCGCCGAAAGGCCUUCUGGGACAAGAUGAAGGGGCUGUUGAAUCAAGGCAAUACGGAAGAGGAAGCACUGGCUGUGCUGAGAGACCUCGGAAGCGGAAGCGUGCCGACUGCGGUUGCCAUUCUGUGCAAAGAGCGUGGGGAGGGAACACGCCUAGGCAGACGAAAGUCUCGAGGCCAAAUGGUCUACUCGGUAUGCGGCAGUAAGCACUCGCGGGAUGAGAGCUCUAGCGAUCAAGAGAGCAGUAGCAGUGAUUCAGAGGAUGACGAAGAUCCGAGGCCCAUCCGGUACAAUUCGUCGAGGCUACGGAAACGACUUGUGGUAUCCAUGGAGAGUGUGAAUAGUAGCGAUGGAACUGAGUCGACGCUAUACUCUGGGCAAGACGCUGAUGGCUUGUGGGAACCUAGGCCGACUCAUUGA